AUGCACAACGAGAAGGAAUCAGCACCACCCUACUUGAGGAGUGGAAGGAGAUGCUGGUCACAAUCAAUGCGAUUCGGGCGAUGCGAGAGGGACGAGCAACUCAGCGGUAACCCUCUAGUGAAACUGUGGCUAGACGAUGUUAGGGACUUGGCCUAUGACAUGGAAGACUUGCUUGAUGAGAUCGCGAUCAAAGCUGCUCAGAUUGAGUCGGAGCGCGAAUCCAGCGCAAGCAGAAGUCCGAAGAAAUGGAAGUUCUCUUUCUUUGGCCCACAUAAGUCCUCCGGAUCGAAUCCAAACCUGCGCUCGCUCGUGUCCGAAACCAAGGUAGAAGAGAUCAAUGGCGGGUUGAAAGCGAUUGUCACCGGGAAGGCUCGUCUAAGCUUGAGAGAGAAUGUUGCGGACGGAUCCAACUACACCAACAAAAGGGAUCCCACAACUUCUUUGCCGGAGCCUCGGUUUUUCGGCGGGGAGAAGGAAGAAGCAGAGAUACUCGAAUUAUUGAUCAAUGAGGUCGAAAAUUCGGAUGCCACGCUGAACAUAGUCCCCAUAGUUGGGAUGGGCGGUGUUGGAAAGACAGCCUUGGCUCGGCGGCCGUAUAAUGAUGCCAGAGUAUAUAGCUCUUUUGAGAAGAGAGCGUGGGUUUGCGUGUCGGAUGUUUUUGAUGCUCAUGACAUAACGAAGACUAUUUUGCGGUCAAUCUCCGGGUUGUCUCGUGAGGGGGAAGAUCUUAAUGGGCUUCAAGUUAAGUUGAAGGACAAUCUAUCGGGGAAGAAGUUUCUUGUGGUUUUAGACGAUAUCUGGAAUGAGAAGUACGAAAUAUGGACUGUCCUCUUAAAGCCAUUUGAAGUAGGGGCUAAGGGAAGCAAGAUCAUCAUCACGACUCGCAACCUUGAUGUUGUUUCCAUAACAAGAGCAUCGCCAUAUCCUUUGAAGGAAUUGUCCCUUGAUUAUUGUACCAGCUUAUUAGCCUUUCAUGCUCUUGGAACAACAAAUUUUGAGAGCCACUCGAAUUUUGAAAUAAUAGGCAAGAAAAUAGCUGAAAGAUGUAAAGGUUUACCUUUGGCAGCGAAGAUGUUGGGCGGUGCCCUACGUAAUAAAGGGAAUCCGAAUGAAUGGGAAGAUACCUUAAAGAACAGAAUAUGGGAUCUUCCAACGGAAGAGAAUGAUGAAGUUCUCCCUGUUUUGAAAUUGAGCUAUGCCCAUCUUCCUUCCCAUUUGAAGAGAUGUAUUGCUUAUUGUGCAAUAUUCCCCAAGGACUACCAAAUUGAGAGGGAUGAGGUAGUACUUUUAUGGAUGGCAGAGGGCUUUUUAGAUGGAAGAAAAAUAAAGGAGAAUAUCUUGAGAUUAGGACAGAAUUACUUCGAUGAGCUAGUAUCUAGAUCCUUUUUUCAACAAUCUAGUGUUGACGGAUCAAAGUUUGUGAUGCAUGAUCUUUUGAAUGACCUAGCAAGGUCAAUUGCGGGUGGGACGUGCUUUACCUCCCGGGAGUCUCAGCUGGUGGGUGAUGAAGAUGACGCCUCUCUUGAAGAAAAAACUCGAUAUGCAUCAUUCAUCUUGUCGUGGUAUGUUACAUCACAAUGCACGAGAGCAUAUCACCGAAUGAAGCUGCUAAGAAGUUUAAUUCUAGUGCCCGGUGGAUUUGGAGGGGUCUCGAGCAAAUUCAGUAUUUCCAACAAGGUGUUGCAUGAUUUGCUAAAAGAAUUGAAGUACUUGAGGGCCCUCUCGGUAUGUCAUUGUCGCAUUGUAGAGGUACCAAACUGUGUUGGUGAUUUAAAACAUCUUCGAUAUCUCAAUUUCUCAUACACUAAUAUCGAAACGCUACCCGAGUCAAUUGUCGACUUGUGCAAAUUACAAGCUUUGAUCUUAAGAGGUUGUCAAAACCUUUCAAAGUUGCCUCAAGGUUUCACAAAGUUAGUCGGCUUACGGUUUCUUGAUAUUAGAGAUACACAGAGUCUAAAAGAGAUGCCAUGGGGCAUCGGUAAUUUGAAGAAUCUUACUAUCUUAUCCAAAUUUGUGGUAGGAAUAGAGAAAGGGUCGCAGUUAAAGGAGUUAAAGAACUUGCCCCAUCUUCAAGGAGAAUUAAUCAUAUCGAAUUGCGAGAAGGUGGAAAAAGUUAGAGAUGCAGUUGAUGCUGAUUUGUUUGGAAAGCUAAGUCUUACCAACUUGUCCUUGCAUUGGGAAGAACAUUUGGGAAAUCUCCAGAAUCAUGAGCACGAAGCACAUUUGCUUGACUCUCUGCGACCUCACACCAAUCUGGAAAAUCUCACUAUCUCGCACUAUGGUGGUGCAAGACUCCCCUCGUGGUUAGAUGGUUCAUCGUAUUCUAAGGUAGUGUCUUUGUGCUUGAGGGGCUGUACUAAUGUUACAUCGCUGCCCCCCCUUGGACAACUAGCUUCACUUCAGGAAUUAUCUCUUGAAGGUCUACAUGCAGUAAGGAUGAUAGGCUCUGAAUUCUUCGGAAGUAAAAGGCCUUACUCAUCCUUAACCACUUUGAAGUUCGAAGAGAUGUUGGCAUGGAAGGAUUGGUCUAAUUAUGCCGGGGGCCGAGAAGAAGAAGUCCCAUUCUCUUGUCUUCAGCAUCUUGUUGUCCGGAGCUGUCCUUCAUUGGUCGGGACAUUGCCUCGUCAGCUUGAUCAUUUGAUAAAGCUUGAAAUCCAUUCAUGCCCGCAUUUACAUAACUCAGCCCGUGCGGUGCGUCUUCCAUCUCUCCGCGAGUUAUACCUCGAGAAUUGUAGCAAGGAGAUAUUAAAGAGCUUGGUCAACUUAACUUCUUUGACCAUUUUGAGAAUUGAAAAUCUUUCGGAGCUUGUUUGCUUUGAUGUUGGGUUUGUGAGUUGCUUGGUUAAGCUAAAGCAGCUUCACAUAGGAGGGUGUGACAAGCUAAACUACUUGUGGCGGGAUGGAAAUGAAACUCGAAAUCUCACUUGCCUUCAAAGAGUUAUCAUCGAAAGGUGUCCUCAAUUCACAUCAUUUGUGGGGGGAGAAGGAGAGGUAGAGCUGCUGUGCAACCUUGAAAGGAUGGAAUUGAGGGAUUGUGCGAGUUUAGAAAAGCUUCCGGGCAAGAUGCACGCACCGAGACAUUUAAGCAUUGAGAAUUGUCCAAAAAUAGUGGGACUAACCAUUCCUUCGGAUGGCCCAAGCGAUAAUAACCCGAUGCCGCAGCUUGAAUCUCUCGAGCCUACCACGAUGCCUUCACGUGCUCUCCCAUCUCACCGAGUUGAUGAUAAGCGGGAUUCCAGCAUUAGAGAUAGAGGAGGACUUCCCUCCCCUUCCCAUCACCCUCUCGAAACUUAUUCUUUCGCAUUGUCCGAAGAUAAAGUCUAUUGCCAGCUAUAA